AUGGCGCCGGCCAGCCCCGUCGUUCAGGCAAAUGGCGCGACCAAGGCCAAGCGCCAUGUGCCCCCGGGGAUCCAGACCAACGGACACGCAGGGCCGUCGAGCUCGUCGACCUCGCCUGCCAUGUCGUCGGCCAAGAAGCCGCCGACGAGCGCCAAGCAGACGCCGACGUCGGCGAGCGACCGCACCAUCACGGCCUCCACCGUCCGGCCCGUGAACCGAGCCCGCCGCGAGGCGUCGUCGCAGUCGCAGGGCCGGAACUCGAGGAACAGCACGGCCGUGCGCGCGGCAUCCCUCUCGGCCGACAUGGCGCCUCACGACGCGGGUCCUCCGCCAUACGCCUUUCCCGAUUCCUACAUACUCAGGAAGUUUGCCGGCAGGCCUCCGUCCUUGGUCGUUCAUAUGCAGGCCACGCACUUCCGCUUCGACGGCCAGGAGGGCAUGUUUCAGUACAAGUCGCCCAUGAAGAUAUUCCUCGAGCACCUCCGAAGCCGCACCGUGCCCCACGACCUCCUCGAGUACCUCAUCCAGGGCAACGUGACCUUCUAUGACGGAUGCCUCAUCGUCCAGGUCCACGACCACAAGUCCGCCGCCCAGACCAAGGACGUGACCAAGGUCAAGUCGGCGUCGAGCGCCGUCGUGCCCUCGUCCAUCCACAACUACAACCAAUGCCUGACGCCGUCGCCCUACGUCCCCUUCCCCAAGGAGGAGCAGCAGCUGCCCGACGGCGGGCACGUCAAGGACGACGAGGAAGCAAAGGAGAGCAAGAGCAUGCCGGCGCCCAGCCUUCCCUCCGACGGCGCCAAGGGCAAGCCGUCGCAGACGCCCAAGGUCUUCACCGUCGUCCUGAGGCCCACGCAGGAGAGCUUGCAGGCGGACCUGCGGAUCAAGGCCAUGACGCCGAGGGGCUCCGGCGGCGGCAUGGAUGCCAUGAAUCCGCCGUCGACGCCCAUGUCGCUCGUUCCGCCGACGCCGACGACCUCGAACAUGCCCCCCCCCGCGAAGCGCCGCAAGAAGGAGAGGAUGGAGCUCGACGGCAGCAACAUCUACCUCGCCGAGGGCCAGAUUCUGCUCACGACGGCCGGCCCCCUCAUGCUCGAGCCGACCAAGAACGCCGAGGAGACGAUUGCCCUGCUCGAGGCCUGGUCCCACCCGAAACAUUCCGAGCCGCCGCCGCCGCCCAAGACGCGGAAGAGGACCGUCGCCGAGAUGGCGGCCGACGAGGCCGCCGCCGCCGACCAAGAGCGGUACAUGCUGGUGCUCGACGACAGGCUAUCGUCGAGCGCGACGGGCUCUCAAGGUGCCGGCACGGCCGACGGGGAUGCCCACACGGGCGCCGCCACCUUUGAACCCAGAUUCGAGCGAUUCAAGGUCAUCGACGACAUCCGGAGAGAGCAGGCGGAGAAGAAGGAGCAGGAGCGCAUCAAGCAGCAGGAGAGCGACAGGCGGGCGCAGCUUCAGAGGCAACAGGAAGCCCUGCUGAAGCAGCAGCAGGAGGCCGAGCGCAUCAAGCGAGAGGCGGCCGCCGCCAAGGAGAUGCAGAUGCGUCAGGCCGAAUCUCAACGACAGGCGGCCCUGGCCCGCGCGGCGGCGGCGGCGAGCCAGGCGCAGAACAACCACGGGCCGAGCAUGGGACAACCGCAGCAUGCGCACCCCCCCCAGAACGGGCCCAUGCCGACGGGCCUGCCCAACGCCAUGGCCGUCCCCGGUCCGAACGCGAUGCCGAACGCGAUGCCCAACGCCAUGCCCAAUGCCAUGCAAGGCCAGGUCCAGGCCCGCUUCCCACCCCAGAUGUCGCAGCCUCCGGCCUCGUCUCCCGUGAUCCGCCAAGGAACGCCGCAGAACAUGUCCUCGCCCAUGGUUGGAAGCGUGGCCAUGCAGCAGACAAACUCCAACCUCGCCAACAGCCCUCCCCGUCCUCCAUCGGCCGUUCAGAACGCUCAGAUGUCGGUCCCGAUGGCGCACCAGAUGUCGGCCAGGGGCAGCCAGCAGAGCCAUCCGUCGAACACGCCCCGGAUGCCUCACGCGACGCCCAACAUGGCCCACGGCACGCCGAUCAACAGACCGGCCAUGGCCGCCACUCCACGCAUGGGCCAGGCAAGCCCGCCUCCCAACAUGAUGGCCCAGAACUCGCAGAUGGGCCAAGGGCAAGCCAUGAUGAUGAACAGCCAAGCCAUGGGCCAGCACAACCCUCAGGCGAUUGCCCAAAUGGCGGCGCAGCAGCGUGCCAUCGCCAUGCACCAGGCGCAGCACAUGGCGGCGAUGCAGAACGGCGGCGCAAACCCCGGCAUGAACGGCCAGAACAUGGCGCCGAAUCAAGCGCAGGUGAUGCAAUUGAUGCAGCGGCAGAUUAUGAUGCAACAGCAACAGCAGCAGCAGCAGCAACAACAACAACAGCAGCAGCAGCAGCAGCAGCAACAACAGCCGCAGCAGCAGCAGCAACCGCAACAGCCUCAGCCGCCGCAGGUCAGCAUGAUGACACCCCAACAGCAGCAGCAGUUUGCCCAAUACGCCCAGCAGCUGCAGGGCAUACAAGGGAACCAGCUGCGUCAGAUGACACCGCAGAUGCAGGCCCAGCUGGCGCAAAUGGUGCGGACCGGACAGAUACCAAAUGCCAUGCAGCGGCCGCCCAACGGCCAAAUGAUGAAUGGCAACAAUCCGAACCUGCAAGCUUUUGCUGCCAUGCAGAUGCAGCAGCAACAGCAGCAGCAACAACAGCAGCAACAGCAGCAGCAGCAACAACAGCAGCAGCAACAGCAGCAGCAGCAGCAGCAGCAGCAACAGCCCCAGGCCCAACCCCAGCAGAUGGGCGGCAAUCCGAUCGGGGCACAAAUCCAAGCGAAUGCUCGCCAUAUUUACGGGAGGUUGAUGCAAUCUGCUGUGACAAAAUUUGGCAGCGUGGAGCAGGUUCCGCAGGACACAAUCGACAAGAUGAAGCAGACGUCGUUUGCGCAGGCACAACAAAUGCUGCAGCAAAGCAUGCACCAACGACGGAUUAUGGCGCAACAGCAGCAGCAACAACAGCAGCAACAGCAGCAGCAGCAGCAGCAGCAGGCUGCGAUGCAAGGGAUGGGUGGCAUGAUGGGACACCAGGGGAUGUAA